AUGAUGUCAUCCAGGGCUUCUCGGCCAAUGAGCUUCAGUGGUCGAGUCCCUGGAUUCCCAAUGAGCUGCUGUCAUUUUGGAGGGUUGGCUUUUGGACAGAAGCGGCUGUGUAGCCCGGGAGAAGCGAGAUGGGGGUGAAGUUAGAGGUGUUUCGGAUGACGCUCUACCUCACCUUCCCUGUGGCUAUGUUCUGGAUUGCCAAUCAGGCUGAGUGGUUUGAGGACGCCGUUAUACAGCGAAAGAGGGAGCUGUGGCCACCUGAGGAAGACCAGCGCCAACGGCUAGAGGAGUUCAAAGAGAGGCUACGGAAGCAGCGGGAGGAGAAGCUCCUGCGAGAUGCUCAGCAGAGCUCGAAAUCCUCAAGUGCCUGAGUGCCACCCAUGAAACAACAUACACUCGGUUCUUUGUUUCCCA